AUGUCAGCCCUUCUUAUUACCGCCAUGGUCGUCGUCGUCCUCUGCUCGGCCCAACAGCUCGGAGCGCAGACGACCAGCUCACCUUACACAGACUCGCCCACUGUGGUCAUAGACGUACUGACCGGUGACCCGUUUGCCAUUGCUGCUGCCGACUUUGACCUUAAUGGCUACACCGAUGUGGCGUACUGCACCAUUGGCACAAUCCUGUUCAGCACGGACGAACUGUAUGUGACCACUACCGAUGCCACGGGCGUUUGGUCGCGCCACCAAGUCGACUCAAGCCUCCAGCCUUGUACUGCCCUUGCCGCAGGCAUGGUCAACGGUGACGGGUACCCGGACCUGGUCAUGUCCGAUGAGAACAACAACGUUUUUGUCUACCUCAAUGAUGCAGGCACCGGCUGGGAUUUUACCGGGCCGACCUCGCCGCUGCCAGCUACGCCAGACGUGAGCUACAUUCGCAUCGCUCUCAGACACGCCCGCGGCUGCCGCUGGUAUGCUGGCAACGGCGCCGGGGGCUUUUCCACCCCAGCCUCCUCGUUGGUUGCCGCAUACCCGGCAGGUCACACGGCGGCCGCACUCAUCGACAUGGACGGCGAUUCGGAUCUUGACAUGGUCAUCGCCGGCAGGGACGCUUCGCUUGCCGCAGUCCUCGACUAUGCCGCCAAUGACGGCUCCGGCAACUUUGCCGUCAUCCGCCUUGCCACAGGCACCGCCGUCGCUAUGCGGGCUCUCGCCACGCCGCGUCUCGAGGCGGCUUCCCCGCACCGCUCGGUCCUCGCCGUGGUCGGCAACACCGCGCUGCUGGUAGUCAACUCUGGAGGAGUCUGGGCUACAAGCCCUGUCCCAUCCGGCAAGCUCGGGAGUGGGCUCCUCGCCGUCCGCGGCUACACCGCCGACAUCAACGACGAUGGCUGGGACGACGCCAUCGUUGCCACUUCGGGUAGUGCUGGCCUCUUUGCCUUUGUAUCCAACCGCGCGGGUGGCUUCUAUGCACCUUUCACGCCCAAUAGUGACUUUGUAGGCGCAACAACUCUCGCCAUCGCCGACUUUGACAAGGACGGCGAGCUUGACGUCGCCGGCGCGUCGGCCGGCAACAGCAUCGUCGCCUUUGUGUCGGGCACCUUUGCCGCCGGCAUCGACAUCGGCCCCGCCAAGCCGGCCGUAAUCACCAUUGACGACGCCGUCACGUCGGCCUUGGUCCUCCUCGCAGGCGACGUCGAUGCCUCCGGCUCAGUCGACCUUGUUGCCGUUGCCGAGUCUGGUGAGGUGACCUGGUACGCCAAAGACCGUGGGGCGGUCUCGUUCUCCGGACCGCUCGUCCUCGCUACCGCCGACGCCCUCGGGCCGUCGCUCGCCGAUGCGGCGCUGGUCGACGUAACCGCCGAUGCUGCCCUCGACCUGCUCGCAAUCUCAUCCGCUGACGGCAACCUGCGCGUGGUGGCCGGCGGCGGCGGCGGCAUUUUUGAGGCGCCGCGCACUAUCGCCACCUCCCUCGCAGCCGGUGUGGCCUUCAUUGUCUCUGACCUCAAUGGCGAUGUUUUCCCCGACGUCAUCGUCGCCUCGGUCUCGUCCGUCGUUGUUCUGGUCAACAAUCCGACCUCGCCAGGCACCUUUUCUGCGCCAGUCACGGUCACGUCUGCAGGCAGCAACUUUGUGUCCAUGGUCCUCCUCCCGGGUGACGCAAGCCUCGUCGUUCUCGACGCGGGCACAGCCGACGUCCUCCGCUUCCCCGUUGCACCCGCGCCAGCCUACUUUGGUGCCAGCUCCAUUGUUGCUUCGGGCGUCGGUGCCGACGCAGUCGAUCUUGUGCUCGUCGACUAUGACGGAGAUGGACUCGACGACUUGGCGUGGGGUACGGAGACCGGAGGCGUUGAAGUCCUUCUUGGGGUUGGGCCCGGAGCGUUUGCUGUUGCGCCGCUUGCGCCGGCGCCGCGGGCAUCGAUCGGUCCAGCUGCUGCCAUUUCGCCGCAUUCGCUUCUGGGAGAUCGCAUCCACGCCUCUCACGUGGCAGACCUGUUUUUCAUCUCGGACGACUCGCUCGGCUGGCUGGUCAACAUCGGGAGCGCCGGUGCGCCGACCACCCGCGAAGUCACUUGGUCGCUCGCUGCCCCGCUCUCAGCAGGUGCACCGAUGGACAUCAAUACCGAUGGCUACUUUGAUCUGGUCUGGGUCUCGGCCGGUGAUGGCCUCCAAUGGGCACCGUCUGUCCCAACGCUCUCGGCUUACCCGUCAACUGCCUCCCGCAACCUCGUGUCGUCGCCGCCGCCCGAGUGCGGCGGUGUCCAGGCCACGUUUUCCUGCCUCUCGGCCAUGAUUGCCCACUCGCUGCAGGCCUGGCUUACCUUGCCCGGCCACAUAUCCACCUACUCGUCGUGCGCCCGCGCUCCAGGCAACCCAGGCUACCACCUCGUCGAGCGCUCUUUUACUCUUCAUGGUGGCGGUGCAGUUGUAGACUGCGGCACGGCCGGUGGUGUGCUCUUCAAGGUCACCGGCUCGGGUGUCACACUCACCAUCAACGGCCUCUCCGUCCGCCACGCCUCGUCGACUCUCGCCGCUACCUCGCCGCUGGCGGUCGGGCCGUCAGCCGCUCUCGUUCUCAAUAACCUGGAGCUGGCCGAGUGCUCUGCACGCGCUGACUCGACGUCGGUCCUCGCCGGGCUCGGUGGCACUGUUCUUGUCGACACACUCGGCUCACUCACCGCGACUUUGGUUGUCUUUGCCAACAACACUGCCGCCGGAGGCGGUGGCGCUGUCGCUGUUAUUGGAAGUUCAGCCAAGCUCACCCUCACCAAGUGCACACUCGACGGCAACGUCGCGUCGGGUGCGGUCGGGAGCUUUGGCGGCGGAGGCGGCGCCCUCCUUGUCCUCGGCUCGAGUUCGGUGACCACUAUCACCAACUCGAGCUUUGCCAGCAACACCGCAAGCGCAGGCUCUGGUGGCGUCAUCCUUGUCGAUGCACCCGGCGCUGUUGUCUCGGCCGCCAGGACCGCGUUUGACCGCUCGUCGGCUCCCCUUGGCGCCGGUGGCGUGGCCUUGGUGACUAGAACCAGCCGUCUCACGCUCACUUUGGCUUGCACUGUCCGCGACUCCUCGGCUGCCUGGGGCGGAGCGCUCGCUGUUGCGCCGUCUGCUGGCUUCUUUCCGCAGGCCAUUGUCUCGACCUCACUGAAAACAGCCUCAGGCACCGCAUCAGCCGAGGUGCAUCUCGGCGACACCGCUGUCCUUGCGUCGUCCGCAGCCUACGGUGGAGCGUUUUUUGCCUGUGAUGGCGUCGUCAACGCCUCGCGCGCCACCCUCAGUGGGCCGCUGAGUGCCUCGAUUGCCGGUGGCGUUGUCUUUGAGUGUCUUCCUCUCACUGGCGUCGUUGUCGAACUGCCGCAGUCGAGCCCAGCAGCGAGUGUGGGGGGUUAUGGUCCGACGCGGGCAACGCCGCCCAACGCGAUUGCUGUCAUCGAACAGCUGGUGGCCAGUGUGCCGUCUGGUGGCCAGCUGGGUAGUGGCAAAGUGGUGCUCUCCGAUGCAUACGGCUCUGAGGCCAAGGAUCCGGGCGUUCUCGUCCAAGGCGAGCUGGUUGCCAACUCGAACGCCGACAUCUCCGGUCUCCAGCAGGGUGUCUCACUCGAGUCGGACGGUUCAGGCUUUUCGCUCGCUGGUGGAGCUGUCUCGGUGGUGACCUGGAGCGACGGCGAUGACAUCAACGUUGCUGUCGCUCUCGAGGUGACGCUCAAGGGUUCAUCUACGGCGUCGCCGGUUUACGUCUCCACCACCAUCACGGCGUGUCCGGUCAACUGGGGCCGUGCUACCGAGGUUGGCCGGCCGCUUGUCUGCUCGCCGUGUGGCGACAGCCAGUACUCGGACGAGCUCUCGGUCGCACCGUGUCUUGUCGAGCUCACAUGCGGUGGUGGUGCCGUGCCAAUCGACGGCGAGUGUCGGCUCUGUCCGGCCAACACCAUCCGCAGCGUCGCCUCCAACAGUUCGGAUCCGGGACUGUGGGCCGGGCUCGCACCGGCUCUCGGACGGGUCGUGCGCAACUUGUCCGCCCGCCUCGAUCGGGCUCUUUGUCUUUUCAUUGUCCUUGUUGCCAUCUUUGCCGUUGUCGGCUUUCUGCUCUCGGCGUCGGCGUUUUCGGCGCAUGACAAGGCUGUGUCAUCGUCACACGCCGACCUCGCUCGCAACCGCGGCAAGAAGCUUGUCCCGUACUCGUUCUCGGUCAUCCUUGUGUACCUGCAGAUGCUCGGCAUCCUGGGCGUGGCGCCGUUCAACUGGCCGUCCAAGCUCACUGCGGUCUUUUCCUCGUCCAACGUUGCCAACGUCGAUGCCUCGUACUUUGCGAUGGGCUGCACGCUCCGCUCGUUCUACCACCGCUACUUGCUCAACAUUGGCGUGCCGUUUAUGUUCGCUGUUGUAGCCGGCAUCAUGACCGCCGCCCGCGCACUCUGGACUGCCGUUCGGUCGCGGUCGACGGAAAACAGCAUGUACCAAGCGCAGCUCUCUAGCGGCACCUCGCUCUUUGCUAUCCCGCUCCGCAUGCUAUUUGUCAUCGGCCCGCUCCUCUACAUUCCGCUGUGCAAGGCGACGCUCGUGUACUUUGACUGCACCCGGCUGCCCAACGCGAAGUGGUACCUGGAUGCUGACUACUCGACCGAGUGUUUUGACACGCAGUGGUGGGCGCUCCUGCCUGUGGCCCUUGGCGCGUUUGUACUUUAUGUGGCGGCGCUCCCGGCUCUCUUCUCGUUUCUCCUGUACACCAACCGGAAGCGACUCGACGCGCCGCUGACCAUCAUCCGGUAUGGCCCGAUCUACAACAGCUACCGCCGGUACUACUACUACUUUGAGCUUGUCUCGCUCGGCAAGCGACUCGCAAUUGUCACCGUCUCUCUGUUUUUCUCAGAGAUGCCUGUCUGGCUGUUCAUCGGCUUCUUCUCCAUCUUUGGCUGUGCACUGUACAUCCAGACCAGAACGCAGCCGUACUUUCUUCCGCUCCACAACACGCUCGACAACUCGCUCAACAUUGGCAUUCUCGCUCUCCUUGUUGCCGGCGUCAUGUACUGGGCCAACAACUUUCCCAACAGUCUCACAGUUACGCUUGUCGACAUGAUCUCGGUCGGUGUUCUGUGCGCCUCCUUUGCUAUUCUUGGCAUGGCGUCAGUGCAAGAGAUCCUCGCCAACCGGCGCCGCAACAUCAUCACGCCCCAAGUUCCCGGGUCCGACGAGCGCGUCCUGGGCGUCCGCGAGGCCAUCCUCUGGUCUGAGCUCAACAAGCACCUUUCGGACAUCCGCGACUCGGCGCUCCGCACCACGCUCCACGACAUCCACGACCAGCGCAUCCACAUCAUUGCGCCACGGUCGUCGUCGACAGGCACACUCGCCUCAAACGGUGCCGCUGGCUCCGGGGCCGACAUCCCGCUCACCGCCGGUAUUUCGGCACACUCGUCGGCGUCGUCGUCGUCUUCGCUCUCGUCGUCUUCGCAAGUCGAGUCGUCCUCGUCACAGCUUCACGACGGGGACGGGGACGGGGACGAUGUCGAGCUGGGCUACCACACCCAGCUGUCGAGCACGGUCAAGUCGGGCACGCCGCCUGAUGACAAUGGUGCGGGUGUGUCUCCUGGGCGGAUAUCGCUCGCCCAGCUCGGCGAGAACCUCAGCCAUGGUCAGCCACACCGGCAGCCGUCGUUGUCGCCAAGGACGACUCGGUCACGACGCAACAUUCACAGCAUGGGGGGUCAGCGGUCGCAUGUGCGGACUCACACGCGGCGUGGCUCCCACGAGCAUCACGCCGGUUCCGGACACACGUGGCGUGGCUCCCACGAGCAUCACGCCGGUUCCGGACACACGCGGCGUGGCUCCCACGAGCAUCACGCCGGUUCCGGACACACGCCGCGUGGCUCCCACGAGCAUCACGCCGGUUCCGGACACACGCGGCGUGGCUCACACGAGCAUCACGCCGGUUCCGGACACACGCCGCGUGGCUCGCGUGGUGGCGCGCGUGCUGCUAUCGCUCCGCUCAAGCUCGCUGCCGUUGCUAGUAAGCGAGCCGAGUCGCUGCAGCAGACCUCGUCACAUGAUGUGUCGCUCGAGCUGGGUGGUGACUCUUCGGAGAAGCUCACGCGGCGCGCGUCGAUUGCGCACGACUCUCCGUUGGCAGCGGGCAAGAUCGACGCCUUGGUAUACCGGCCACUCUCGCACCGCGACCCGCCAAGUCGGAGGCACUACCCCGAGCUUGAUUCCGAGUUGACGCGAGUAGCUAACUCGGGCUCGUCUCUUGCACCUGGGCCUGGCAGCGGGCAGCGAGCGGCGACAGCGUCUAUGCCACAUGGGGUUGGGGGCGGGCGGCGGCGGCGCAAGGCCCAUGGCUCAUCGGCAUUCAAGCGGCAAGCAACCGAAGGCUCGCUCUCCAAGGCGCGGAGCCGUGAGCACGACCAAGGUACUGAAAGCAGCAAGCGGCAUGCGCGGCGGCGGCGGACGCGGCGAUCGGCUCAUGGGCUGACGUCGCCGUUUGGCGCCGGACCAUCGACCGAGCUCGACGACGUGGUAGAAGCGUUUGUGCGGUCGCGGUCAGAGAUGCUACAGCAAGUUGAAUGA